UCUUCUCUUCACUGUCUGUCUACGUCCUACUUUGCUUCUCCAUUUUUCAGUCCCAGCACACACAGAUUCACCAACUAGACCGGCACGCUCUGAUCUAGCUUCUGCUUCUCCAUCUCUGUCGCUUGGCGUAAGUUCUUCGAUAGAGGUUCCGAGGCGCUGAGGCAGAGUACGUAGUAAAUGGGCGAGCUUGCAUUGUUUCCGUUUUGUUACUAAGGGAGACUUUUGCUCAAGAAGUCAUAGUUGAAGCCAAAGAUCAGAAGGAAAAAAAGUGACCAAAAAUGUGGAGAUCAUUGUGGGAGGUCAUUCCGCCCAGUCUCAAGAAGACAUGGGAGAGGCAGAAUAUCAGGGGAGUUGUUCUCUUAAGCUUUUUACUGCAAACCAUUUUGAUUUUGGGUGCUCCGUUUAGAAAACGAACAGGAAAAAAGUGGGUCAUCCUGCUCAUCUGGUUAUCUUACUCGUUUGCCGACUGGGCUGCCAGCUUUGCUGUCGGACUCAUCUCCACCAGUCAAAGCUCCAAGCCUGGUGAGAACAGUGACCUUCUUGCAUUUUGGGCACCGUUCCUGCUGUUACAUCUUGGUGGCCCGGACACCAUAACUGCUUUUGCCCUUGAGGAUAAUGAGCUCUGGCUUAGGCACUUCCUUAACCUAGUAUUUCAGGUUGUCGCCACAGUUUAUGUCUUCCUGCAAACAAUUCCCGACAACAACCUAUGGCUCGCGACUCUCCUCAUGUUCUUCGCAGGUAUCAUCAAGUAUGCUGAACGGACCCGUUCUCUGUAUCUUGCAAGCACGGCUGGGUUCCGAGAAUCCAUGCUUGAGGAACCAAAUCCGGGGCCAAACUACGCGAAGCUCAUGGAGGAAUACUCUUCAAAGCAAGACGCCGGACAUCCUACAAAGAUAGACGUGACAGCAGAGCCUGACAAAGAAUCAAAGGUUGCCUUUUUUACUGUGAAAGAGGACAGGCUAAAUGAUUUUGAAGUUGUGGAAUAUGCUUACCAUUUCUUCAAAAUCUUUAAGGGACUCAUUGUUGAUCUCAUCUUUAGCUUCCGUAGGCGCAAUGAGAGCCGAGCAUUUUUCCAGGCGAGAACUUCAGAAGAUGCGCUUAGAGUGAUAGAGGUUGAACUCAACUUCAUCUAUGAAGUUCUUUAUACGAAGGUGGUUGUGGUGCAUGAUUUAAAAGGAUACUUCUUCCGUGUUCUAUCCUUCGCUUCAAUUUGGGUGGCCCUAGCGCUCUUUAUUUCAUUAGACAAGCCUCGCUUAAGGAAGUUUCAUAUUGGAAUUACCUACACACUGUUGAUCGGUGCCUUGAGCUUGGACUUAAUAGCUCUAUUCAUGCUUAUUUUCUCGGAUUGGACUAUAGCUUCUCUCAAGAAGACAAAGAAUUUUCCAAUUAUUGGGACCAUCUUCAAAACAUAUGUCAAAAUUAAGAAUUCAAGGUGGGCUGAAGGCAAGGAAGGUUCUGAUACUAUAUUUUCAAAGUUGGCCACACCAAUUAUACUUCGUAGGUGGUCUGAAUCCGUGUCAGGAUUCAACUUGAUAACAUAUUGCCUCAUGGAACGUCCAAAAAAGUUCCAUGAAGUCAAAGUUGAGUCCUGGCUUGGCUGGAUUGGCUAUUUGAAAAUUAUAUGGGAAUAUUGCUGGAAAAAAGUCGUUGAUCGUUUAGGUGCUAAGGAUUUUCUCGAUGAGUUGAAAUAUGUUGCCAGCAAGCCCUUCAAAAAAAACCUUUGGCAAUUUAUCUUUUUGGAGCUGAUGCAGAAAUCUAAAGGUGCAGAUGAUGCAGAAAGUACAAGGAGAAUCUGUUCAGCUAGAGGUUCUUAUGUUCUUGAAGAAUAUGGAAAGGUCAUGGACAUAGAUAAAAAAUUAAUAGCAGAUUACAUUGGAAACGUUAAUUUUGAUGAGAGCCUUCUGCUUUGGCAUAUUGCUACUGAACUUUGCUACGAAAAAGAAAUAAACAAAGCAGGAACAGCAACCAGUACUGCUGAUGAUUUAACAACAAUUGAUCAUCGUGAAUUCAGCAAGCUCCUUUCAGAUUAUAUGCUAUAUCUUCUAUUGAUGCAACCUACUAUUAUGUCUGCUGUGGCAGGUGUUGGGCGAAUAAGAUUUCGUGAUACAUGUGCUGAGGCAGAAAGAUUCUUUAGCAGUAGGGGACUAGGACCAACCCAGGAACAUGGUGCUUGUGCAAGCCUCCUCGAUGUGAAUACAGAUGUUAAACCUAUUCAUGUGAAGGGUGAUAGAAGCAAAUCUGUACUGUUUGAUGCAUGUUUGCUGUCCAAAGAGCUGCAAAAAUUGGGGGAAAAGGAGAAAUGGGUGAUAAUGAGUAAAGUUUGCUUGGAAAUGUUGUCAUAUGCAUCAAGUCAUUGCACACCAUUCACGCAUGCUCAGCAUGUUAGUAAAGGUGGACAACUUCUUACCCUAGUUUGGUUACUGAUGGCUCAUUUUGGGCUUGGAGAACAGCUCCAAAUCAAUGAGGGUCUUCCUAGGGCAAAGUUGAUCGUGGGUAAAUAGUUCAAUCCAUGUUGCUUUUUCAUUUUUAUAUUUUGAAAAGUGUGUUACAGGGGAUGUUGGGGUAAUGGUAUGUAUGUUUUAUGGGAGAGAAGUGUUAUAUCUAUGCAGACUAUAAAUUGA